AUGAGAGAGUCUGCGCAGGUCAUAGUUGGAUCCGACCCGUCGGCGGGAUCUUCUCAUGCGAAUCGCUGUUCCACCCUUCCAUUGACUGGGUCACCAAGCAGCAAGAAGAGGUACGACUGCUCGAACAUGUUGAAAGGUUCCCUGAAUGCGCGUGUACAAGGAGAUGCAGGGGUGGACGUUGAAAGCGAAGAGUUCGAGGAGGACAAAAUGGAAACCCUGGGCGGGCCUGCUGUGGACGAAGCUGGCACGGAGGCAGGCGGCAUCGUUUGGAAGUACUCUUCCGGGGCAGAGUACGAAGGCACUCCAAUCAGCGUUUUCACAAAGCUUUGUCUGCAUGGGGUGCAGGCGGCAUUUCUCUUCCGAGCCUCUGGCUUGGUCAUGGGCGACUUGGACGUGUUCAAGAUGGUGGAGGCCGCUCUUGGCAUUGUCGGUGGCGACAACAGGAUUGAGGACCUGCUGAAUACUCGGUGGCCUCUGCUCAGCUUGCUGCACCGGCUCUCAUGCAUGAAGAGGAGGUGGGAUGACUUGGCCCUGGCACCCAGCGAUCUGCUCUCCGUUUUCUCCCCGAUGGCGGAGCUCACAGCGCGGCUUCUCUUCAUGGGCUUCCCCGGUCCAGUCUUGGUGACCUUUGUCUCUGCUGCGCGGGCAAAGUACCUGCCAGGGUUCAUAAGACACGCCGAACGUCUUGGCUUUGUGGGGCGGACACUGGUCCUACCACAAAACUCUGAAAUUCUGCAAGCCUGUUCCAAGCUGGUGGACUCAUGCCUCCCGGUUCUGUCAGUUUUUCCCGAGCUGGCGAAGUACACGCUGCUCGCAUUUGCUGCCAAGCUGGGGGUCAGUGUCCUCUAUGCUGACCUGGACGUCUACUGGGCCCAAAACCCGUUUCCACUCCUGCCAAGACAUGACGACCAGCAUGCUGCCGAUGUUUACGUGGCCCUCGAGUUCUACUCGAACCAAACUCGUUCAAGUGUGAUGCUGGUGCAGUCGAACAAACGGAGCCAACGCGCAUUUGCGAAUAUGGCCAUUUGGUUGCUGCGAUUCCCCUUUGGAUCUGCAGACAGCGGCAUCCGACACCUGCUGGAGCCAGAUCGUCCAGGCUACGUGCCAUCUGUGUCAUUCUUGAGACCCGAUGAUUCGCCGGAACACGGACAACUUGAUCUUGGCAUAUUUGAUUCGGAGAACCAGUUCGUCACGUUGGAUGGCUGGUAUGGGAACAUGGACUCGGUGGUGGCCCUGGAGUUUGGAGCCAUGUACACUGAGCCGUCGAAGCUCCAGUUGCUGGAUGCUGUGUACACGGCCUCUGGCAGCGAGUCUGCAAAUGCCCGCCGGCUGAUUCUCAGUGCGCAGAAGCAAAUGUCCCCAAAGCGCCCGAUGGAGAUUAUGCAAGAUGACAUGGAUGGACCGCGGCAACAGAAGGUGCCAUCAAAUGUGCGAAUCGUGCAUCUCAACUUCGCCGAUGGUUGCUGCGAGACUGAGCAGGCCAAGUCAUCCAGCACGGCGCUUCAGUUUGGUGCAAACGAGUCACGGGCUUUGAGGGGAGACUUUCUGACGGCCGAUUUCCGUGAGCGCAACGCACACUUGCUCAACUGGGUGCGUGGCCACGAUCUCACUUCUGGAAAGACACCAUCCGGCAAAGUAGGCUAUUACGUUUGGAAACCCUUCGUUGUACUGGAGACCUUGAAAGAUCCAGCAAUUCACUGGAACGACAUUGUGCUUUGGACUGAUGCCGGGGUGCACUUCAUCAGCGAGCUGAGGCCACUGGUGGAGCGCUACUUGGCGGAGUCGGAUGUCUCUGCGACACAGACUCCGAUGAUGGAAGGCGACGUGACCAAACGUGAUGCCUUCAUCCUACUGGAUGCGGAUUUUGACAGCAUCCACCGAACCAACCAGAUGGCCACAGGAAUCAUCCUGGUGCGGAAGACGCCGUUGGCAAUUCGCUUCAUGGAGCGCUGGCUGCGCGCCUGCGAGGACGAGCGCAUCAUCGCGGAAACGCCAUCGGCACUUGGAUACCCCGACUAUCCGAACUUCAGACAUCACAAUGACGACCAAUCUGCUUUUUCAUUGCUGUUCAAGAAAUACGGCUUCCACCCAUUUUUGCAAGCAGAGCGUGAUCUCUAUGUGGUCGCUGCUCGCAACACCGCAAAGUUUGUAGCAGCCUCGCAACUUGGCUUAUCAGGGCAAGGAUAG